AUGAACUUUUAAUUAGCUUAUUCUUAAGGAUUUUUGGAAUUACUAUUUCUAAUCUUAAAUCCUUCAUAUAAAUUAGUUUUAUAUAGAUGUUUAAUGCUAUAUUUUGCUUAUAAAGCUGAUCACUAAUUUUAUAGGAAUAAUUCACUUCAGAAUAUUAAUAAGAAAACAAAGUUCAAUUUGGAAAUUUAAUAAAUACUUAUAACAUUUUGUUUUUUCAUUAUGUAUCCAUAGGUGCAUAUAAUUUUAAAAGAAUUUAUAGGCAUAUUAUUUAUGCAUUUAUUGGUGUAAUAAUAUCCAAAAAUGCUUACAUUUUGUGAAUCAUAUGCAUUAUCUUAAUAUAUAAUUGAAUACUAUUAAUUUAAUGGAUAGAAUAUGUUUGAAUAUUUAUCAGAGUUAGUUUUAAUGCUAUCAAUAUUAUCUUAUAUUUUGAUAAUACUAAUUCAUUAAAUACCCAUAAAAGAACUUGCUUUUGGAUUUACAUUUAUUGCAAUUUUUAAAAUAAACUUUUUCUCUAUAUACUAUUAUUUAUAAUAUAGAGGACAUAGUUUAUCAAUUUUAAUUAAUGAAAUAGCAACAUAAGAAUUUGGUACAUAUUUUUUUUUAUAAUUUCUUGGAUUGAUGUUGGUAAUUCCAAUUAGUUAUCUAAAUUUGAAGAAAAUUAUUUAAAGAAAACUAUUCCAUUUCUAGAUAUUUUUCAUUAUAUUAUUAGGAACUUAUUUGAAUAUUAAUUAUACUAAAUUAGCCUUAGCAGUAUUUAUUUGGUUUUUCAUUGUUUUUGAGGGAUUGAGAUAAUAUUAUAGAAAUGAUAUUGAGAUUCUAAAUAAAUAUUCUAAAUUUUUAUUAUCAUUUUGUGACAAAAGAGAUUCAGAAAAAUUAAUAAUAACUCAAAUAUAUUUAUUAAUGGGUGUAUCACAUUCAGUAUUUUUUAGUGUUACUAAUAAAUUUAUUGGGUAUUAUUAUUUAAUAUUAUUUAAUUAGUAUUAUAAUUUUAGGGGUAGGAGAUUCAUUUGCUGCUAUAAUUGGAUCUAAAUUUGGAAAAUUAAAAUAUCAAAAUUAAAGAUCAAUUGAAGGAACAAUAAGUUUUAUACUUGGAUGUUCUAUUGCAAAUUACUUUUUGAAUGGAAAUAUUCAAUUAUGGAUAAUAGCUGCUGCAAUAGAAGCUUAUACUGCAUAAAUUGAUAAUUUGAUUUUACCAAAAAUUUAACUUAAUUAAAUUGUUUAGAUGAUUUAAUUAUGA